AUGGACUACCUUCCGUUAGAAACACUGCAGCAAAUAUUCGAGCUCGCUUGCACAGACGGAGGGGCUACAGGAAACUCCUUAUCGCUUACUUCUAAGCAGAUUCGCGCUGCUGCACGCCGGGCCCGCUUUCACACCCUACAUGUUGUCGCUGAUGCAGACGGCGACACCUUCCAGGAGUUCGUUGCGUUUCUCAAGCGGGAAUGCAACAGGGUUCUGGAACUUCCCGGGAAGACCACGCUGGCCAUGCAGGAUCCACAGCCAUCUUCAGCGACUCCCGAUAUGACCCCUGAGCCACUCGUUGUGCCACAGGAACAUCUGACUCGUCUCCGUUCCCGCGAACACGCCGCGCAGGAGCUGAUCCGCCUCGUAGCUCCAGACCUGUGGACCGUCGUCGUGGACGAAGCGCCCGACGACCUUCACGGACAAUGUCCCAUUCUCGAGCACACCUUUCCACUCCUGCGAGACGUAACCCUCAUACGAUCGUCGCCGAACAUCACCCGCCUCCUGAGAGCCGAUGCAAAGCUCUCGCACGCCAUCUUCCCCCGCGCGACUCACCUCCACCUCCUCCCCUUUCCCUACACAAAGGAUCUCCACCUCUCCGCCUGGUCCAUUCUCGCCCCGCGCGUCACGCACCUGCGCGUCUCGGACGUGCGAAGCAGGCAUCACAUCGCCCAGCUUGCAGUAGCCGUGGGGGUGCCGGUUCCCCAGGAAGGGUCUCCAGUUGCGCUGCCUCCCGCGCCUCAGCCCCUGCCUCGAACGUACCUGAGCGUGCGUUGUCUGCUCGUGGACGCGGCAGCCUGGCUGAAGCCUCGGGAGAGGGGCUAUGACCCCGCCCGGAGAGGGAAAGCGGCUAUGAGAAGGGGCCUGGAGGAUAUAGUCCGUGAGUGCCGCCGUACGGAGGUCGGUGUCCAAGCUACGCUCCUGCAAGCGCCUGGAUAUGCCUCACAUAGCCAGGCGGCCAGAGCACUCGUUGACCAGUGGCUCGAGCAGGCUGUCGGUGGGAAAGGGUGGUGGAAUGGCCUGGAGGGACAGUGA